AUGGGGCUGGUUGGGGCCGCUGCAGCCCCUGGUCCACCCCCUGCAGCUCCGGGGGUGCAGGACCCCGCUGUGCCCCUGCCCGCGCCUGGGGACAAAUGUGGAAUAAACCCCUGGGCCCCGCCCCUCCUGGCGCUGUCCGCGGUGCUGGGCGGCGCGAAGGGGCGGAGCCACGCGGUGGGCGGGCCGCGCCUGCGCAGAGCUUUCCCGCCAGCGUGGCUGCGGGGCCUGGUGGGCCGAGCUCAGCGCCUGCCGCCGCCCGGGCCGGCCGAGCCCUCGCUCUGCUCCCUGCUGCGGGGGCUGAGCAUGGAGCCCCGCGGCGGGGCCCGCUGGGGACCGGCACCGGGACCGGCACCGGGGCCUCGGCCUCCGUCCGCUCGCAGCCCCGCGCCCCGCGGUGAUCACGUGGCGGCGGCGCUGCCGGCCCGCGGGCGGGUGCUGUGGCGGGGCAGAGGGGACGCGCCGCCUGCUCCCCCUGGCAGAGGAGCCCCCGCGCCGGCCCAAGGGGUGCCCAUCGCCGCUUCUGCACCCACCCUGAGCCCACCAGCAACCCAGCGCCUCCCUCCGGGCCCCGCCGCCGCCAGCAGAGCGGCACCAGGGGUGAAGGCGGCACCGAAGGGCACAGCCCUGGCUCUGGGGCUGAACUCCGUGAGCAUCCAGUGCCAGAACGAAGCCGUGUUCCAGUACCACGUCACCUUCAGCCCCCAGGUGGAGUGCAGGAGCGUGCGCUUGGCCAUGCUGAAGGAGCACCGGGCCGUGCUGGGGGACGUGAUGGCCUUCGAUGGCUUCAUCCUCUUCCUGCCCAUCCAGCUCCCGCAGCUCGUCACCCUGAAGGUUCAGAGGAGGAGCGACGGGGAGGAGGUCACCAUCAGCAUCCAGAUCACCAAGGUCCUGGAGCCCAGCUCCGAUCUCUGCAUCCCCUUUUACAACGUGGUGUUCCGGAGGGUGAUGAGGAUGUUGGAUAUGCAGCUUGUGGGGAGAAACUUCUUUGAGCCCACCCAGGCCACCAUGUUACAGCAUUACAGGCUGCAGAUUUGGCCAGGAUACGCUGUCAGCAUCCGGAAGAAGGACGGGGGCCUCUUCCUCUUGGUCGAUGCCAUCCAUAAAGUGAUCCGCAGCGAGUCCGUCCUGAACUUCAUGCACAGCAUCUACAAGCAGAGCCCGGGCAGCUUCCAGGAGGAGUGCGUGAAGCAGCUGGUGGGCAGCGUGGUCAUCACCCGCUACAACAACCGCACCUACCGCCUCGACGACAUCGACUGGAGCAAGACCCCCCAGGACACCUUCACCCUGGCCAGCGGCGAGGACGUCACCUUCAUCAGCUACUACAGCAAAACCUAUGGGAUCACCAUCAAGGAGCUGGAGCAGCCGCUGCUCGUCCAUAGGCCGAAGGAAAAGCUGACCCCGGAGGGGAAGCGCUGCUUGGACUUGGUCCUGCUCGUGCCAGAGCUCACCUUCAUGACCGGGAUUCCUGACAUGAGGAAGGACAGUCGGAUGCUGAAGGACGUGACGGGGGCGAUGCUGCAGAGCCCGCAGCAGCACUACCUGCGCCUCAGCAGCCUCCUGCACCGCAUCCGCCACAGCGCCGAGGCCUCGCAGGAGCUGCAGCGCUGGGGGCUGUACCUCGCCCCCGACAUCCACAGGACCGAGGGCCGGGUGCUGCCCAUGGAGAGGAUCAACCUGCGCCACGGCUCCUUCACCCCCUGCGAGGACCUGAGCUGGAGCAAGGUGGUCGUGAGGGAAGCCUCCAUCUCGGCGAUCUCCAUGAAUUACUGGCUCCUGGUGUACCCCAAGCGCCUGCAGAACCUGGCCAAGGACCUGGUGGCUGCCAUGGAGAGCGUGUGCGGCCCCAUCGGGAUGCGCGUCGGCCGCCCCGCGCUGGUGGAGCUGAAGGACGACCGCAUCGAGACCUACGCCAGGAGCAUCCGGAGCAUGCUGAGCACUGAGGAGAGGGUGCAGAUCCUGCUGUGCAUCAUCUCGGGCAGCCGGGAGGAUCUCUAUGCAGCCGUCAAGAAGCUGUGCUGCGUGCAGUGCCCCGUGCCCUCCCAGAAGCAGCUGAUGGUCAUCGGCAUGGAUGUCUACCACAACCACAGGAAAGGGAUGCGCUCCGUCAUCGGCUUUGUGGCCAGCAUGAACCACGUCCUCACCAGGUGGUAUUCCAGGGUGGUUUUCCAGAUGCCGAACCAGGAGAUCGCCGACAGCCUCCGGCUCUGCCUGGCCGAUGCCCUCCAGCACUUCCAUGAGAUGAACCACUGCCUGCCGCGGAAGAUCGUGGUGUUCCGGGACGGGGUGUCUGACAGCCAGCUCGACACCGUGCUCCGCUACGAGAUCCCGCAGCUGCAGAAGUGCUUCGACACCUUUGAGAGCUACGAGCCGGGGCUGGCGGUGCUGGUGGUGCAGAAGCAGCACAGCACCAACCUGUACGUGCCGGUGGCCGAGCAGCUCGCGGCCCCUCCGCCGGGCACCGUCCUUGACCACACGGUUACCAGCUCCCAGUGGCAGGAUUUCUUCUUGCUGGCCCAUCAUUCGCGCCAGGGCUGCAGCAUCCCCACGCGCUACGUCUGCCUGCUCAACACGGCCAGCCUCAGCCCCGAGCACAUACAGAGGCUCACGUUCAAGCUCUGCCACCUGUACUGGAACUGGCCGGGCACCGUGCGCGUCCCCGCGCCCUGCCGCUACGCGCACAAGCUGGCGUUCCUGUCGGGACACAUCCUGCACCGCGAGCCCAGCGCCCAGCUCUGUGACAAGCUCUUCUUCCUGUGAGCCGGCGCCGCGCCGCUGCCCUCCCGGCCCUGC